AAACCACAGUACGACGACGUAUAGGUGGAGACGCUGCGUAUAUCCGUCUUUGUUGUUUCGUCGCAGAAGAAGAAGACGAAGACGAAGAUGGGGAAGCAGCCGGUGGAACUGAAGGCGGUGGUUUACGCAUUGUCACCGUUUCAGCAGAAGAUCAUGACUGGUCUAUGGAAGGAUCUGCCUGAGAAGAUCCACCACAAGGUCUCCGAGAAUUGGAUCAGCACUAUUCUCCUCCUCGCUCCCGUCAUCGGAACCUACUCGUAUGCUCAACACUACCAAGAGCAAGAGAAGCUAGAGCACAGGUUCUAAGCAUGGAGAUUUUCUCUGAUUAUACAAGAAUCCAAUUCUUCAUUUUCCAUUAAGAGAGUUUGUUUUUGUCAGCACUCAAAUUAGAAGCGGAGAAAAGUUGCUUCCUUGCUGUUUUGUUGGGUUUAUGAAUAACACCACCCUGAACGUUUGAAUGGUCGUACAUAGCUGCUCUUUUUGGUUCAUUUUUUUUUUUAAACUCGGUUUUGCAUUUUAGAACAAAACAUUCUUUUGUUACACUCUUCAGAUUUAUCAUAUGAUCGUUUACUA